AUGACGGUUUGCAAAGAAUGCAACACAUACGCUCCACCACACUGCUUUCGGGGCAGGUGUGCAACCCACGAGAACGAAGUUUGCAUUAAGUGCUACGACAAGCUGGCUCUUGAGAAGAUGGGCAAGCCUCGAGUCUCGGCCGUUAUCUGCACACAAUGCGGCGAAAAGCUCAGCAAUGUGGAGUUCGAAAACCGCAUGUCGGCAAAAGUCUCUUCAGACUACGUGAUUGCGAAAUACUUUCUGGGAGUAGAGCGAAUGAAGCAACAGCGGAAACUUGAAAAGGAACAGCAGAAGUCAAUCGAGGUUGCUGUUGCGCAGGACCAGGAGCUGGAGGAUUUUGUGGUUGUGGACAGGUGCGAUGUCAUGGAAUUCGGCUAUCGCGACGAGAAUGGCGGACAGAAAGUCAGAGACGGUCAGGCUUGUGUGGUGAUGUGA